AUGGCCACUUUUGUGUUGCAGGUGCUCGGGUGUGAUGUUGGAGCCAUCAAUACCGUGAAUUUCAAAUCUUUGCUCCCGCCCUUCAAAGGCAAUCACACAGGAUACCGCCAAUUCAAAGGCCGGAGGACUCCCGCCGCCGAGGUCCGCGAGUUAUAUGACGGCCUCCGCCAAUCCUACCUGACGGACUUUGACGUCCUGCUGUCCGGCUACUCGCCCUCGGCCGAAGUCGUCGACACCAUCGGGACCAUCGCCCGCGACCUCCGCUACCGCUCCGCUGUGCACCCAGGAGGGUUCUUCUGGGUCUUGGACCCUGUGAUGGGGGACCAGGGCCACCUGUAUGUCAGCGAAGAUAUCGUGCCUGCGUACAAGCAACUCAUCAAGGAGGCGGACUUGAUCCUGCCGAACCAGUUCGAGGCCGAACUUUUGAGUGGGACGACUAUUUCCAGCUUGAGUGGCGUGGCCAACGCGGUGAGGACGCUGCAUGCUGUGUAUGGGACGCGGCACGUGGUGGUAACGAGUGUGAGAGUCGGCGACUCUUCCGCAAUGCCCGAGGGCACGGAGGGAGAGGGAGGUGCGGCAUUGACAGUCGUGGGCAGCAGUCGGCGGACGGACGGCAGUGCGCGGUUAUUCAAGGUCGAAGUCCCCGUGCUGGACUGCUACUUCAGCGGCACGGGCGACAUGUUUGCGGCGCUGAUGGUGGCCCGGCUGCGCGAGGCCUGCGCCCAGGCUAACCUACUCGACCGGCCCUCGUGGGUGCCCGACGACGACGUCGAACCCCUCGACCUCCCGCUCGCCCGCGCCACGGAGAAGGUCCUGAACAGCAUGCACACGAUCCUGGAGAAGACCAUCACAGCACGCAACGACGAGAUGAAAAAGUUCGGCACAAGUCCCGGCGCCAGUGUCGGCGGCGUCGAGGGCGAGGGCGAAACGGUCAGUGAGAGUAUGAGGAGGUUUCUGGCAGAGAGUAAAGCGGCCGAGGUAAGGGUGGUUAGGAAUGCAAGGGAUUUGGUCAGUCCGGGAGAGAGGUACAAGGCUCAGGCGAUGGAGGUGUAA